CAUACAUUCAUCAUAUUCAUAGUAUACGUUAUGUUGACAAUAAACUUUCAUACUUAGCCGUAUAUUUAACAGUGAGUUUCGUAUUUGCGAGGAAUUUCGAUGAUUGGUAAUUAAAGAAAGAUAUAUUGGACCGAGGAUCAAAAAUUUGUAAUUAUGAUUAAUCUGAUACGCAAUUCAAAACUAAAUAUUGUUUUUGGAAUAGUUAUCGUAAUAUUUAAUAAGAAAAUGAUCUAAAUCUGUAGCGAUUGAGCCAGAGGAAAAUUGGAAUUUUUCCAGUUUUAAUCUUUAAAAUAGAAACAGCGACGAUUAACAUAUUCACCAAGGCAGCGAUUAGAUAGAAAUUAUUAGGUGAACGCUCUAUUGAUUUCAGAGUUAAUAGAAACUCGUAUCCUAAUCACUGUUCCUUUAACCAAUAGAAAAAUCAAUUAUCUUGCAGAUAAAGUGCCAAGGACAGUGACACGAAGAAAAAACGAUUUAACAUUCGUUCUAAGAUCGUUUCAAUUUCAUAUCAUUAAUUAUAUUGCCAACUUUAUUAAUAAUUUAUAUUAGCUACCAUUCAAAUUGGACUUUUAGACAGAUAUACAAUAGUAUUUGAUAACAUUAGAGAAUAUUCCGUUCUCUAUUGUGCAAUUGGAAGUUUCAGUAAAGAUUCCAGAGAAGUUUUUUGCUUCACGUUAUCAGAAUUGAUUCAUUUAGGACAGCAAUUCUGACAGUGUUCCACUGCUUAUACUUUGAACUACAUAUUAUCCCAUCGAUUAGAUACGAACAUCAUGAUCCACAUCGAUCCAACAUUCAUUUCUAAGCAAUUUAAUUGUUCCCCGGACGAGCUGGUACCGUUUGAAACUGGUGGAAUUCUAAUCGAUUAUUGUCGGGUCGAGCAAUCGUUGGAUUUUAUUGAUCUUUACGAAACAGAAAACAUAUCGAUCUAUCUAAAUAUUUUGGCGUGCCGUUCUUUAUAGGAAAUUUCUACAUUUUCCUAAUUUUUGAACAAUUUUAUGGACUUCAACUACAGUAAUAAAAUUACGCUAUCGUGUAUUCAGUUUGUCACACCUCAGUGCAAAUGUGUCGAAAUUCGAAAUCAUUUUGAGCACGCACAUUUCAAAGGCUUUCAAGUUAAGGCAAAUUUAAAAAUAUCCGUAAAACUUGCUCGUUCGUUAUUGUUAAACGCUAUUCUUGAAAAUCUUAAUUCUCACGACCCUUUAAUACUACAAUAUAGCAAGUGUUUUAUUUACAUACAGUUAAUUCCCUCAUGCGACUACAUAUAAUAAUCAGAGUUUUAAUCAUUCAAUUUGUCAAAUAUCAUUUCUCCAAAUCUCAAUUUACUCAAUAAUCCAAAAAUAUCAAACAAUCUUUAUCUCUUAUUUCCUUUCAACAUUCAUACAACAUGCAUUCGACGCAUGCAAUGGUAAAAAGUCGCUCGAUAAUCGGGGAUAACCCGAUCGAUCAUAAAUUGAGCUGUUCAUCGAUCUUCCUCGAGGUUUUGAUAACGAUUCUUAACAAUUCUUUUUCAUAUGUAAUUUUAACUUUUUAACAGCUUUAUAUAUAUAACCACUCUACAAUUCAGUGAAGUAUAAAUCAUUAAGAAUCGGAAAUUUCAUUACGACCUAGCAAUAAUAACUUGUACAAUUACAAUGAUACAUAUACGACACGCAACAUGGAGCCUGUAAGAUAUUAACAAAGGAAUCAUAAUCGCAAAAUCUAUGUACGAAUGAUACUUCUACCUCAAGAUACUCCUACGAAACGCUUACAACGUCACAACAAUCCUAAGCUCAACGAUAUACAUCAAUGCCCGCUACCAACAAAUACUUGAUAUUUACGAUCUUGAUGCUACGUCGUUUCCACUAGAUAUAAACAAAGUUUAUUAUUAACCGUUUCUUGUGACGAUAUUUAAGCCGUACAAAGGUACCCCGUUCAGAUAAUUAAAAGCGAAAGAGCACAUUGUUGAUCUUUCGCGAUGUCGCGUCGCGUCGCAUGCUGCGCUAGAUAGAGGAAAGGGAAAGUGUUGGCGCAAAAAUAGAAGAACGAGUGGCGGGUAACGGUUUCAAUAUAAAACGACACGGCCACUGCAACCGAUUUCGUUUUAAUGCAACGCGUGGGCCGAUCAAUCACGGUGCCGCGAUUACUUUUACUUCGAUCGACUCGCCCGGGUGCAGUGCAUUCCAAACCGUGUAAUAGUGCGUUAUGUUCUUCUUUAAAUAGUUCAUUCCUUCCUUUGUUUCUAAGUGUCAUCGACCAUUAUCGCUAGCUUCAUACAUCGACCGCUACGAAUUCACGGCUUGCUACUUGCUCAGUACCUACUACUACAUAAAAUCUCUUCGUAUGUUCACCUCAAAACGACUUCAAGGCUGUCACCAGAUUGUCACGAAAUAGGGAAUACAGAAGGCUCGAUCAAUCACGUUCGACGUCUUUGCUCCAUCAAUCGUGUCACCGUUUUCUCGAUCGAUAGACGUCGGGGGAUCCUGAAGAACAUCUUCUUUUCUUCUCGAAAUAAUAAUCAUCUUUUAAAUAAUCUUACGUUUCUUCAUAAUUGAGAUUCUUUUGAAGUUCUUCUAAAAUCUCCUCAGCGUUUAUCUUCAUUCUUAUAAGGAAGCCAAGUAUCGAGGACAAAUAUCGUUUAAAAGUAAUCUUACGUUUCUCGAGAAUCGGUAAGAAGCAGAUUCUUCUAAAAUUUCCACGGCGUUUUCCUUCAUUCUUAUAAAAAAGUCGAGUAUCAAAGAUCGUUUGAGAUCGAGUCUGGAUAGCGACAAUCGACAAGGCGAAGAACCGCGUCAGCAGCGGACUGACCCAAAGUCCGUCGCAGAUUCCGCCGGCGUUCCGCAUCGAUCCCCCACUUUGUUCACCGGAAGUAGAUACAGCCAAUCCACGGGGCAAAUCUCUAGGGUUCGCGCAAAAUCCUUGUCGAUCGUAUAAAAGCGAGCAACGCAGGACAUGUCGCCGAGAAUCGAUCCGAUACGCUGGUCGAAUCUUGCCAGCACCAGUUUCCUCACUUCAAGAAGCUUCUCCAUAGCUGCAGCUUCCGUCAGAGGAUCGUUGAUCGGCAGCCCGAAGAAUCUUCGAUAUUUUGGACCGAUCGAUAGUGUUAACGUCUCUGGAAACAAACAGAAGAUAGCAGGAUUCGCGAUUUUGAGCCAUCGAAUUAUUCCAAACGUUGCAGAGAUGCCGCACGCGAUCGACGUGUAUUAUCCGCGAGUGUCCACGUUGGUCACAAAUGUGGCGAAAAAUCCAUCCAUCAGCAACAGUUACGAUUGUAUAGGGAAGAUACCGUUGCUGAAUACACUGACAGAACCCCUUGCUCCAAAAGUUUGUUCAUACGUCGAGGAAUGUGCAUCCCUUUGCUGUCCUAAGGACAUUUACAUUUGCGAUGGAAGCGAUGCAGAGUACGAUCAUCUGUUGAAGCUUAUGGAAAAGAAUGGAACAAUAUCGGCUUUACCAAAAUAUGAAAACUGUUGGCUUGCUAGAACGAAUCCAGCGGACGUAGCGCGCGUCGAGAAAUGCACGUUCAUCAGCACCGACUGCAAACGCGAUACUAUUCCUACUCCACGUAACGGUGUUACCGGAGAACUGGGUAACUGGAUUUCUCCGGUUGACAUGGACAAAGCUAUUCUUGAACGUUUCCCAGGAUGCAUGAAAGGUCGAACAAUGUACGUCAUCCCCUUCAGCAUGGGUCCAAUGGGCUCACCUCUGUCAAAGAUUGGAAUAGAGAUCACAGAUUCCGCAUAUGUCGUCUGUUCCAUGAGGAUAAUGACCAGGAUGGGGAAAAAAGUCCUAGAAACCCUUGGCAAUGAAGAUUUCGUUAAAUGUCUGCACUCUGUCGGUGUACCAAAAAGAGACUCCAAGGUUGAAGUUAACUCUUCCUGGCCCUGUGAUCCUGAAAGGACCGUCAUCCUUCAUAAACCAGCCAAGAAUGAAAUAGUUUCUUACGGUAGCGGUUAUGGUGGCAAUUCUUUGCUUGGAAAAAAAUGUUUCGCUCUGAGAAUUGGUUCGACUAUUGCUAGGGAUGAAGGAUGGUUUGCAGAACAUAUGCUUAUACUGGCUAUCACAAAUCCAAAAGGUAGAAAGCGUUACAUUACUGCAGCGUUCCCCAGUGCUUGCGGCAAGACCAACCUAGCCAUGAUGCAGCCGACGUUACCAGGGUACAAAGUCGAGUGCGUGGGAGAUGAUAUCACCUGGAUGAAAUUCGACCGGGAAGGCAGACUCCGUGCUAUAAAUCCAGAAAAUGGAUUCUUCGGCGUGGCACCCGGAACCAAUAGCGCUACCAACCCUAAUGCUAUGAGAACUAUCUUCAAGAACACUAUCUUCACCAAUGUGGCCGCAACCAGCGACGGAGGAGUCUUCUGGGAAGGAUUGGAAAAAGAAAUCAGCGAUGACGUUGAAAUCACCGAUUGGCGAGGCAAAAAGUGGACCAGAGAAUCUAGGACCCCAGCAGCGCACCCCAAUUCCAGAUUCUGUACACCAGUCAAACAAUGUCCUAUUGUCGAUCCUGCUUGGGAAGAACCAACAGGUGUUCCCAUCGAUGCUAUUCUGUUUGGAGGACGAAGACCAGAAGGUAUUCCUCUUAUAUAUCAAGCUAGAAACUGGCAACAUGGUGUUUUCAUUGGAGCUUCGAUGAGGUCUGAAGCUACUGCUGCAGCGGAACAUACGGACAAAGCAAUCAUGCACGAUCCGUUUGCUAUGAGACCCUUCUUCGGCUACAAUUUCGGACAUUAUCUCAAUCACUGGCUGAAUAUGACCGAAGUGAAAAAUGUCAAGUUACCAGCUAUAUUCCACGUGAAUUGGUUCAGGAAGAAUGCGGAUGGCAAGUACCUUUGGCCAGGAUAUGGCGAGAACUCACGCGUUCUAGACUGGAUUCUUCGAAGGCUCGACGGCGAAGACGUUGCCGUAGAUUCUGCCAUAGGUUUAUUACCAAAAUUACAGUCGUUCAAUUUGGAAAACUUGAAGGAGAAUAUAGAUAUGAAGGAAUUGUUCAGUUUACCGAAAGAUUUCUGGCAAAAGGAAGUUGAGCACCUUAGGGAAUAUUUCGAUGCGCAAGUAGGCGACGAUUUACCUGCAGCCAUUCGUGAAGAGCUCGAUCGUCUCGCUUCUAACGUGGAUAAGCUUUAAUCCAAUCGUUUGAUCCUUAAAUAUCGUGGAAAAUUUGAGUAACAUCGAUAUACAUCUAAUUGUAUUUUUUUUCUUUUUUUUUAUCAAAAGUAAGGUAUUUACAACGAGGACUAGAGAGAUUCUCAAAUUAAGGAUCAUAUUAAAUUUCAAAUUGAAUCCGUACAGAGAUCGUAGUCUGUACAGAGAUUAAACAGAUAGUUGUUAGGUUUUUUUAUUAUAUUAAACCUAAACGUAGUAUUACGACGAUUUCUACUUGAACGUCGAACAUAAUUGUCAUAUUCAUUAAAACAUUUUUCUUUAUGUUUACUCUUUCAAACAAAUGCUCUUUUUUACACUUUACAGUAUCGUUUUUAUUAUAAGAAAAUACUUCUUAAAAGUAAGAACAGAUUUUUUGUAAGGGAUCGCGUGUGAGGAUAAUAGUGUGCAAACUAGCGAAAAAAGCAAUUUGUAACUUAAAGAAAGAUAUGUAUUUUUGGAUAUGUAUUUUCUAAUAAAAAAUUUUAAGAAGAUAAUAAGUUGUUUUACAGUUCUUUUUAAAGCUACUCAAUUCAAGCUAUUUAUCUGGAAGGCAAUAUUUGGAUGGAUUUUAUUUGAAAUAAAAGAAAAAAAAUUAUUUUAAUUGCAUUUAUUGUGAUCCAAUAUUUUAAUUAUUUAAAUACUAUCAGUGAAAGACUUCAUAAUUCAUAUAUGUAUAAGACAUUCAAAAUUAUACAUUCGGAUGUAUAUUACAAGAAUAUUGCAGCUGUUCACAUACAUAGAAUUAGAACUUUAAGAACAAUUUCAUACUGUAUAUUGAAUUUAAUAUAACUUACGCAAAAGAAAUGUAUCGAUAUUUCUUGUUGGAACUUAAAUAAACAAUUUAUUUCAAACGGUAUGCCAUAUACAUACUAUAUGUUUAAUAUGGAUAAAGAAUAAUGCAAUUUACAUGAAGAAAAACAUAAUCUAUAUAUUUUGUAUAGAAUAGAUUAUCUUUAAGAAAUUUUGUUUAAAUUUCUUGAUUAUUAUUUUAAUAACAUUAUACCCGUAUGUUAAGUAUCGAGAAAUAAGUUGGAGACCUAUAUGUCGAGGAUAUAAUAUAUACUAUACAUAUAUUUUAUGCUUUCAAAUAUAUUAUACAAUUUAAAAAAUAUAGCUAAUAGAAAAAAGUAUCACACGUGUUAAAUACGUAAAUUUUGUAAAAGAAGGAUUUAGAUAUUAUUCAAUGUUAUUUUUGCUUAAAAUAUUGCACUUUCUUAAAUGAUACGUAUACUGUUUCCUUAUUUACAAUUUUAAAUUUUCUAUGAAAGGAAAAAUAAAAACAACAAUUUCAAGCAUCUAAAAUAAGUAAUAUAAAUUUUGUUUAAUAUCACAUUUAGGAAAUUAGUAAAAUGUCUGAUAAAAAAAUAUUUCCUGUGAACUAAAUGAAGGUAUUUAUAAUUUUUAAAUAUAAAGGAAGUAUUAAAAAUUCGCCAAAGAAUAUUAAAGAUCACUUCACAAGUAUUUCUACUUCUCUUUAUCAUUUUGUUACGAAAUCUUUAAACUUACUUAUUUUCUUCUUAAUGAGACUGAUCACUAUUUAAAUACUUUUUUGAAUGAUAAUGAAUGACUCAACACAAUGUAUAUCUGUGAGUAAUUCUUUUGCAUGUCAAUAAUUAAUUUUUUAUUACUUCUAACUUACAUUAUUUUGUGCGAGAAAUUGGAUGUACAUACAUAUACUAUUUAUUUUAUUCAUUUUGUGCUAUUAUAAUUUUACACCUUCAUUUAGCUCUACAAUUUAAUAAUAUAAUUUUAACAAUAAAGAAUAUUCAUUUUAUUCCACAAUUUGCAUUAAUUAAUUUCUAAACCUUCAUUUAUAUUGGUCACUAAAAUGAUAAUGGAAAAGUUUCCUCGCAUACACAAGUAUUAUUUUCCACUUCCAUGCAAUUCUACUUUAAAAAAUACAACAGAAUAUGUCUAUGAACUUGCUUCAUCUGUAACCAAAAGCUUCUAACUUUAUAAACAAUUUUCUAUGUACAAGUUCUACACGUUUACAAUGUCAAUACAUUGAUCAUCUAAUCAACUUAAGUUCACAAAGAAUCACAUGAUAUAUAUAUAUAUAUGUAUAUCUUUUUUAUUAAUGAUCUAUUUUUUCCAACUUCUAAGAUCAACUAAUAUAUUCUGGCAUAUACUUCGAAGACUAGAUCAAUACAUUUUUCAUCAGUCCUUAACACUUUGCACCAAUUUUAUAAGAUUGCACAGAUAAUAGCUGUGUCCAUUUCCUAAUCUUAUUUCCUUUUCUUUCUUUAUAUAUUUUACAAUGUUUCUAUAACUACUGUACAAUUCUAUACUAUGGCUUCACAGUAAGUAAUAUUUGGUUAACAAAUAUAUUAACACUUUCGUGCCCCCAUUGAUUCAUUUCUCAUUCAACUCUGUUAUGCAUAUAUCUACCCCUUCUCUCUCUUACGAAAAUUGUAGAAAAGGUAUCCCCUGAAGUCUGAUAAAAUCAUGAAACAAAAAAAAAAGAAAAA